UCAUUUGAAUAUUCAGAUGAGCGAGCAGCAAGACCUGCUCUAGGGACAAAUGAAUACUUCAACGAAAUGAUAUAUUGCACUUGCAAUAGGUGCCAAAAUAGGAAACUAAAGAAGCGGCGACUUGUUGGUAUCCAUAGAUUGAACUAUGGGGUUUAUAUAGAAGAGGUACACUAUAAUUAACAAAUUAUUAUUCUUAUAAUAAAUAAAGGUUCGCAUUAUUCAAUACAUUAUUAUUGAUCAUUUCAAUUGGUUUUUUGAUAAAAAGCCGCUUCCAGUUCACAAUAUUCCUGAAGAACCAACGGAUGUCACCGAUGAUAGCCACUCUGAAGAUGAAGAACAAGACGCAUUUAUGGAUGAAGCCACUUCACAGAUAAAUGAGGCUGGUGUUGAUGAAUUCAUCAAAGACUUCUACACAUCUUUUGAAGAAGUUAUUGAUUCCCCCCUAGCUCAGUUGGCUAGGAUGCCUCUUUUUUCAAAUGCAGAUACUUCUAUAUUGGCAACACUUAUGUUGUUGUUGAAUUUGAAGGUUACACAUGGAUUGACAAAUACAUGCUUUACUGAUAUAUUAAGGCUUUUGGCAAACAAAAUACUUCCAAAGGACAAUAAGCUGCCCCAUUCACAUAGAGAAGUAUCUUCAGUAAUGAAAGAUAUUGGAAUGGAGUACAAUACAUAUGAUGCAUGUCCAAAUGACCAUAUAUUGUACUAUGGAAGGAAUGCAAAUUUGCUGCAAUGCCCAGUGUGUCACAUAGGUAGAUAUCGUCAAGAUCAAGUAUCCAAGAAGGUUCCUUAUAAAGUACCACGACACAUUCCACUAAAGCCAAGGUUCGAGAGGAUGUUCAAAUGCAAGGAGUUGGCAAAAUAUAUGGAUUAUCAUGCACAUGGGAGGAUCCAAGAUGGUGUCAUGCGUAUGGCCGCGGAUAGCAAACAUUGGAAAGAGAUUUAGGAAAAAUGGCCACAUUUAAGAAAUGAGCCAAGGAAUGCAAGAAUUUCUCUGGCAAUGGAUGGUGUAAAUCCUUUUCGAGAUCUUAGAACAACAUAUUCUGUUUGGCCAGUUGUAAUUAUUAACAACAAUCUUCCCCCUUGGAUGGCAAUGAAAAAGGAGCAUGCAAUGUUAACUCUUAUCAUACCAGGGAAGUAUCAUGGAAAGGAUAUGGAUGUAUACAUGGAGCCCCUCAUUGAUGAGCUUCGUGAAUUAUGGGAUGGUGUAAAUAUGCUUGAUGUAUCAAGACCUGUCAAUGAUAGAAACUUCCUCUUUCAUGCUAUAUGCUUAUCUGGACAAUUCAUGAUGCCCCGGGGCUCUCUAUUUGUUGUGGUAAUAUAUUGUAAAUUACAUUUGUAAUUAUUGUGUCCAUUGUACCAUUUAGUAAAUGUGGUUUCCAUUCUUAUUUCAGGGCUACAAACAAAGGGGAAACAUGGUUGUCCAUCAUGUGGGCAAAAAUGUUGUAUAGGCAGUCAAAGGAUCUCAAUAAAACUGUAUAUGAUGAGUAUAGACAAUUUUUACCACAAAAUCAUCGCUAUCGAGUGCGUGAGAAAAAUAACUUCAAUGGAAAGGAAGUGGAAAUGAGGAAGCCAAGAAGGAUGAACCCUGCUAGAUGGAAAGCAUUGUAUGAUAGAAAAGAAGUGGCAGACUUUCCACCAGGAAUGAAAAGACUCUCUAUUUUCUACAAAUUAGACUAUUAUGAGAACUUGCCAAUAGCCCACCUAUUUGAUACUAUGCACAUCGGGAAAAAUGUGGCAGAGUGCUUGUGGAAACAUCUAAAUGGAACCAACCUUGAAGCACAAAUAAAGUUACGAAAGGACCUCCAAGUUGCCAAUGUCAUGCCGAACAUGUGGUUGCAUGAAAACAACUCAUAUAAUCAUGCUCCGGGGAAUUUUACAUCAAAGGAGAAAGAAAACAUCAUUGAUACAAUGAAAAGCAUAAGAUUUCCUUCUGGCUUUGGUGCAACAUUAAAAAACUUAUUCACAAGAGAUGGAUUAGAGUUCUCGGGCCUAAAAACACAUGAUUGGCACAAUUUGGAUAAAGGCCAUCUCAAAAGUAACUCCAUCGAGCAUGAAUCUUGUUGGCAUGAAGGAUCCAGUUGUGCCCUCCAAUUCAUCUAAUGUUAUGCCAGAGGAUAUUUCAAGGAUUACUCCAACAAACACUAAUGUUCCUGAUGUGGGUUCAGUUAGAAUUCUCCCACCAACAACCAGACAAGUUUCCUUGAGGAGUCUUAUAGAUUCACAAUCAAGAAUGCUAAGGCUCCUGCCAGAUACUCUUGAAAAUUUUCCAAUCAGACAAGAAAUAAUUGUACAAAUUCAGUUAUGGGAAAGGGAAUUGUUGGAGAGUGCAGGGCCUACCUCAGAUGAACAGGAAAUAAAUGACAAAGUGAUUGAUGCACCUAUAGGAGAAUCUACCUCAACCCCUAAGACUACAACAAUAUCCUCAGUGACUACAAAAGGAAUGCAAGAAGUUACAAUCUUGCUCACCUCAGAAGGAAAUGUCUUGAAGGAUGAAGUGGGGUUUAAAUUCUUUCACUUUAUUUUUCGUCGUGCAGAACAAUUAUUUGGAAAUACGAUUCAAAUGGUUUGGAGGAAGCAAUCCAAUUCUAAGAAAGAGGAAUUCUUUAAAGAUGUCAUAACAACAUUUGGAAAUCCUGGUUUUAAUAAGGAUAUCAUUCUUGAUAUUGCACAGAAAUACAUGCACUCUAAACGAGACAAUUUAAGGUCGAAGCUGACAAAAGACUUGAGAUAUCCACGUCCAACUUGGAUUACAGACCAAGUGACAUGGGAUGAACUUAUGAAAGAUGCCAAAUUUAAGAGGAAAUCCCACAAUAAUCCAAACUAUAGGCCAUCUACACAAGGAGGAUCUAAAAGACGCCUUUGAGAUACAACAAAAGCAACCCAAGCUAGGGUGUCAAGUAUUGGAUCCCAUAAAUUAGGAUCUGGUGGGUACAAUAGCAUUCGUGGUGGUUUGGUUCACCAAUUUCAAAAGGAAGCUUCAGAGGACGACCUAAAAUAUGCCUUAUUACAUGGUUCCCAAGGCUUAUGACAACAUUUGGUAGAUCGAGGGGAGAUUUUAGUGAAUGGUCAUGAAUCUAAGGAAGCCCAACAAUCAAACUCAUCAGGUAGUGAGCAUGAAGAGGAGCUAGAGGAUCAUGAUGAAUUGUUUGUUGCACACAAUGAUUCGAUUGUCAUUCCUGAAACUCGGCAGGAAACCAUCCUUGAAUUUCAACAAGUGGGAGACAACCAUAUUGAGGAGGGUGUUCAAUGUGAUGAACUAUCCACACCCACAAUCAGAAAAGUGCCUCGUAAGAAGAGGACACAAAGCAAGAGGAUGGAUAGAAACAAAUGAACAAAGGACAUAUUUGCUUCCUAUCAUUGUUCAAUUUUCAUUUCUAUUGUAAAUCUAAUUUAUAUAUCAUCAUAGUUGUUUAAUUAAUACUUUUGAAUUUAUUUACUCUCAA